UCUUUAGUCAGCAGCAAAGAACAGAGAGAUGAAUCCCUCACUUGUGACCCUCCUCUUAUUUCUCUCACUGAAAUUUCUUGCUCGGGCUGCCAUGGCUGCCAUUCCAACAGGUAACGUCUGUUUAGGCACCACAAAUUACACAAGUAACAGCCAGUAUGAGCAAAACUUAAACCAACUCCUACAAUCCCUUCAAGCCAACGUCCCUGUUUCUGGAGGCUUCAACUCCACCACCUUGGGCACGAGCCCCGACCAAGUAUUUGGUCUGGGCCUGUGCAGGGGCGAUGUGAAGACAACAGAGUGUACAAAGUGCAUCAGCAAUUCAACCUCUGAAAUCCUGCGACUAUGCCCCGGCAGUAAAGAGGCAAUCGCGUGGUACGAUACCUGUAUCGUCCGUUACUCUGAUUCCAACUUCUUUGGUACUGUUGAUGGAUAUCGUGGCGGGCUGCUCAACACACAGAAUGUCUCUGAUGUUACCUCUUUUCGGGAGGCUUUGGGUACGCUUAUGCGUGACCUGUCGUCCACGGCGCCUUAUAAUCCAUUAAUGUAUGCCUCUGGUCAGGCUGUGUAUGCGGAUUUUUUUACCUUCUAUGGGCUGGUGCAGUGUACUAGGGACCUCGAUGCCCCGCAAUGCGAGGUCUGCCUUGAGAACUUGAUUCAAAAGAUUCCAAGUUGUUGCAGUGAUAAAUUGGGAGGACAGAUUAUCAGCGGCAGUUGUUUUUUGCGAUUUGAGGACUCGCGCUUCUUUACACCCUCCACAACAACGGCACAACCACCUUCGCCUCCCUCCUCAAAGGUAGGAGAUAAUGGAGGAAUAUCCACGGCUUUGAUUGUUACCAUUUCAGUUGUCGUUGUAUGCGGAGCCAUGGCGAUUGCUAUAUGCAUGUAUUGUUUCUUGUGUAGGACUGGCAAGGGAAAAGGUUCUGUAGGAAGGAAGAAAAGUCACAUGUCCUUGUUAUUUAAAUCGAGGAAGAGCUUAAAUACAAAGAAUGGACACGAAGAAGAAGGAUGUACAAUAGUGCAGGGAGAAGAAAAGUUUUCACUGCUUUUUUAUUUAGAUACUAUUAUCCAUGCCACAAGCAAUUUUUGUGAUGAAAAUAAACUUGGAGAAGGGGGUUUUGGUCCUGUCUACAAGCAAGUUUUACAGGGGAAGUUAUACGAUGGGCGAGAAAUUGCAGUAAAAAGACUGUGUAGGAGCUCCAGCCAAGGUGUGGAGGAGUUCAAGAAUGAAGUCAUUUUGAUCGCUAAGCUUCAGCACAGGAAUCUUGUGAGGCUUCUCGGAUGUUGCUUAGAGAAGGGAGAAAAUUUGCUAGUGUAUGAAUACAUGCCCAACAAGAGCCUGGACACAUUCCUAUUUGAUUUGGAAAGAUGCAAACUACUAGAUUGGGCGAAACGCUUCAACAUCAUUGUAGGCAUCGCAAGGGGGCUUCUUUAUCUCCACGAAGAUUCUAGACUAAGAAUUAUUCAUCGGGAUCUUAAAGCCAGCAACAUAUUGUUGGAUAGUGAUUUAAAUCCUAAAAUUUCGGACUUUGGAACUGCAAGGCUUUUUGAAGGUGAUGAGACUCAGGUCAAUACAAGCAAAGUCAUUGGCACAUAUGGGUACAUGUCCCCGGAGUACAUCAUGCAGGGCCAAAUUUCUGUGAAGUCAGAUGUCUAUAGCUUUGGAGUUUUACUGCUAGAAAUUGUUAGUGGGAAGAAGAACAAUGCUCCAGAACUAUUUCAACAAGGUCAAGGACUCGUUGAAUAUGUAUGGCGAUUGUGGUGUGAAGGGAGGCCUAUAGAGUUGAUGGAUCCAUCUCUUGGUGAGACUUGCCCUAGAAACCAAGUGUUGCGAUGCAUUCACAUUGGACUUCUUUGUGUUCAAGUAGAUGCAGCAGAGAGGCCAACCAUUUCUUCAGUGGUUGUAAUGUUGAAUAGUGACACUUCUUCUCUCCCAUUGCCGAUGUCACCACAUUUCCUUUAUGGGAAUGGAGAUGUUACAGAGACAUUCAUAUUCAAGUGGUACCAGCAAAACUGAGACUCUGAAUGUGGUUGUGACUCAUAGAAUCGGUAGUCGCGGAUUAUAGUUCUUGAACAAGAUUUCGAUCCCUCACCUAUCCCCUUGUACAUGAAUGCAGUAGUGGGAUAUUUAACGUGGAUUUUUUGAUAGGAUGUGGUGAUUUUGUUGUGAUAA